GCGAUUUUACAUCACGACUAGAUGGCAAAGCGGCUGAUAACGCAUCCAGGAGCGACCCAAAAUAAGGCCUGAAGAACAUCCACCACUAAUUUGAGGUUGAAAGAGCUUGUGCAAGAGGAACACUGGGAAUGUGAAAAAGAGGUUGCAGAGUACAGCUGAGCUAAGCUUUGACACAGCCACUGAAAUACUCUUACAAAGUCCAUUCAAGACCACCAAGGAAGCAAAUGAAAAUCAUAUGUUCUCAGAUUCUGGAUUUUAAAGCAGUAUGUUAUCCUUUUGGUUUUUUCCAACAGUUCAUAUUUAUCAGAGUGUCAAACAUGUUUGCUACAUGGAUUUGGGCUUGCAUUGUGUGUUGCCAGAAUAUGUUAAUAGCCUAUACAUUGGUGACUGUUUUACUGUAUAUUGUUCUGAGAAUUCUCCAGAGGAGAUCAGUCAAGGGGUGUAGUGUUGAGUACUGUAGACCCAUUCCUGGCAAUUAGAGACUGGAUGGUGAAAGAAAACUCUUUGAUGAAAUAUGGAUUUAAUAAGUCUGAUGAGCAGCUUGCCACAUCAAAAGACACCUCAUCCACAGCUGGACUGGAAAGCAAAGACAACAAAUUACUCAUGCUACAGGCUCAGGACAGGAAGCUCAUCCAGAAGGAGGUUUGCCACAUAGGGUUGCCUUAUCUUGGAGGAGAAGAAAUUAAUCAAAGUUCCAAGAUAUCUUGUGAGUCACCUGAAAGUGAGGAAAGAACUCCGGGGCGGCUGCAGGCCAUCUGGCCCCCGCCAAAGCCCAAAGACGAGGAGGAAAAGAUCGGGUUAAAAUACACCGAGGCUGAGCACCAGUCAGCUCUUCUGCAACUGAAAAGAGAGUGCAAAGAAGAGCUGGAAACAUUGGAGGCCGACUAUAAGCUCCAGCUCUUCCGCUUGAGAGAGGAGAACGCAGAGUCUGUGGCCCGACUGCAAGCAGCUGUGGCAGAUCUGAAAGACAAGGCCACGCGUUCCCAUGGUGACCUUCAUGAUGUGGCCGUAUCCACGGAGGAUACCCUCAUGCCUCGUACCUUUCGCAAUGUGUGCAUCCAGACGGACCGAGAUACCUUCAUCAAGCCUGUGGCAGAGGCGGAGCUGAGUACCAGCCUGUCCCCCCAGCCGUGUGCGCCUAAAAAACUCGAUCUCACUUCAAUUCAUCUCAGCCUUUCUGGAACGCAAGAGCCAGCUUCCAAGCAAGGGCAGCUUCCUCCUCCACCCUUACCACCACCCUUGCCUGUUCAGUCUGAUAGUAUCAUAGCCCCACCUCCUCCACCAUCAUUGCCUGACCCUUGUGAUGGCAAUGUUUUUUCAAACCUCGAUCAGCCAUUGGAUGGGCAGGCGCUACUGAAACAAGGCAAUGGCCCACCCCCUCCUCCACCACCUCCACCUACAGGCGAAUGUGGUCUUCCUCCUCCACCACCAUUCCUGGGCUCUGCCCCGCCCCCUCCUGGAACUGAGGAGUGGCCACAGCGCAAACCCAGAGUGGAGCCUGUUUGUCCAAUGAAGCCACUCCAUUGGACCCGGAUACAGAUUCAAAACAACACUUGGUACCCUGACAACAGAAGUGACAUGCUGUGGAACUCACUGAAGGAGCCACCAAUAAUAAACAGCAACGAGUUUGCCGAGCUGUUUGCUAAAAUGGCUACACCCACCAGAAGGAAACCCCUCUCUGAGGCCUAUGAGAAAAAGGUCAAACCUAAGAAGAUCAUUAAGUUGCUGGAUGGCAAACGCUCUCAAGCAGUGGGCAUCUUGAUCUCCAGCCUCCACCUGGAGAUGAAGGACAUACAGCGUGCUGUUUUAAUGCUUGACAACUCUGUGGUUGACGUGGAUGCUAUUGAAGCCCUGUAUGAAAAUAGAGCCCAGCCUGAAGAACUGGCGAGAAUAAGGAAACACUAUGAAACUUCAGAUGGAGAGCAUGUCAAACUUUUGGACAAGCCUGAACAAUUCCUGUAUGAGCUCUCUCAGCUUCCUGAAUUCUCACUGAGAGCACGCUGUAUCAUUCUCCAGUCAACAUUCCCUGAGACCAUUGCUUCUGUCCAGCGCAAAACCGAGAUAGUUGUUCAUGUGUGCCAGGUCCUGUUGCAAAGGGACAGUGUGAAGGAGAUCCUGGGUCUGGUGCUUGCCCUGGGGAACUACAUGAAUGGGGGGAGCAGGACCCGAGGCCAGGCGGAUGGCUUCGGCCUGGAGAUUCUCCCCAAACUCAAAGAUGUUAAGAGCAGGGACAAUCGCAUAAGUUUGGUGGAUUAUGUGGUCACGUACUAUGUACACAACAUUGAUCAGAACUCUGGUACUGAAAGUUGUGUCUUCCCAUUGCCUGAGCCACAAGAUGUCUUCCUGGCUGCCCAAGUUAGAUUUGAGGACCUCUUUAAGGAACUCCGAAAGUUGGGGAAGGACCUAGCAGUUUGUGAAAAAGAUGUCAAAACCGUGUGCUCCAAGUCAUCUGAAGAAUACGUUCAUCCCUUCAAGGAGAAAAUGGAGGCUUUUAUCUCUGAUGCUCAAAAACAACAAAUAGCAAUUGAACAUCAUCUAAUAUUGGCACAGAAAAGCUUCCAUGACCUGGUGAAAUACUUUGGGCUAAAGCCACGUUCCGGGGAGCAGGAUGUCCUGCCUGGCUAUGCUUUUAUGCUCUGGUUUGAGUUCUGCAAUGACUUCAAGACCAGAUGGAAGCGGGAGAACAAGGCUAUUUCCAAAGAGAGACUGAAGCAAGCCCAGCAGUCAGUGCACAACAUCACAGCAGAGAAGAAAGUGCAGACCAGGAGGAUUCAUGCAAAUGGUUUGAAGGAAAGACUGCGUCUGAAACAAGCAAGUCUAGCCACCCCCUAAGACUCCGCCAGCAAUUCAUACUGCUACAAGGUGCACUUUAC